GUAAAACCAGAUGCAACCCAGCAACCUCGAAGAAGAGUGUCAAACAUUGAUUUUCUUCAUGUUCUUCAUGAAAACUGCAACCAUUUUAAUUAUUUAAACAAAUACGAUGGACGAAAAGGCGUUAGAUCCAACAGCAGGGGAUGAUGGCUCGGAGGCAGCGAAGGGCGCUUCGUGCUUGGGUGCCACCGGAGGAGGAUCCCGUUUAGACUCGCAGCUCCAGCAGGCCGUUCGGUUAAAGACGGAGGGGAACUCAUUUUACCGGGAGAAAAACGUGCGCGCCGCUAUUGGACGUUAUCACCGCGCCUUGCUCGUUCUCCGUGGCAUGGAUUCGGAAGUGAGCUCUGCUCUGCAAGGGUUUGGAGCUCAGGCACCUAAACUGAGUCCAGAGCAGGAGGACCUGCUGAGAUGCACUCAAGUAGACUGCUAUAACAAUUUAGCAGCAUGUUUGCUCCAGCGAGAGGGGGUGGACUAUGCUCGUGUGCUGGAGUACAGUCUGAAAGUGCUUCAGUGGAGGGCAGGUGACAUUAAAGCCCUGUACAGAGCUGGAGUCGCUUCUUUAGAACUGGGUGAUGCUCCGACUGCUCGACAGUACCUUAUACAAGCCAGCAGAGGGACACCUAAUGAUGCCAAUGUAAAGAAACAGCUGGUGCGAGUGGAGGAGAGACUCAGCAGAGACUUUCAGGAAGAGAAGGCCCUCUACAAAGGCAUGUUCAGUAAACAGAAACAGGGGGAAGAGCAGAUGGUAUUGGAGAAGACCCAGAAACCAGUCUAGAUGGACUGAUAGUAUAUGACUUAGCAGGCACAGAAGUAAAAGUUUUAUAAACUUAAAACAAGCUUACGUUUUACUGACGGAAGUGGGCUCUGAAAGUUUUGCCUUGGGGCAUGGAAAAAUGUGCCACAUAUGGCAUUUAGUGGGACUAAAUGUCCCAUGCCAGAACUGAAUGUGCAGCUGAAAUCUGGUGGAAUGUGGGAGCUUGAAAGAGAAUUGAGUGCACUUAAAAUGCAUCUUAGUCCCUUGAUUGGUAUUGUAUGACUAAUCAGUUAUCAAGCUGUUUUGGUUUUGCAUCGUUCCUUACAGAUGUUUUUUGUUGUUUUUUUACAUAUAUAUUUUUUCCCAUUGUA